ACUGUUUGUGAAAGUUUAGAUUGUUUUCCGCGCUCCUCAAUUUUUGUUUAUAUCAUUGUAAUUUGUUGCCUCGAUAUCCUGCAAAACCGUUCAAACUUGAUAUCCAGCCUCCGUGUUCACUUGCCGAAUGACGGUGUUUUGCUCACACGCAAGGUAGGACCGCAAUAUCAAGGUAUUCUGGACAAGCUGAAGCAGUUUGCUGAUUUGCCACAACCGCCAUACCACCGCUACACCGCCACCUCGCCACUCCGUCACCUCGCCACUCCGCCAUCUCGCCACUCCACCACCAUCACUUCCACUCGCAGUUUACAAAAGUGUCACCAUCUGAACAAAUUAUCAACAUAACACACGACCAAAUACCGCCCAUCAAUUUGCUAAUUCAUCAUCCAGCAGAAAUAAACAUCAUCGCCGCUGCUGUGUUUUAUUUCUGCCAACCGAAAGAACAUAUACAUCCAUCAGUUGUCCUCCGCCUUCCUGAACUCCAGGUGCCAGAACGAGAAAGGUGAGAAGUAAUUUCGUAGUUGUUUUGAGUGUAAGUGGCGCCAUCUGUUACUGAGCAUUUCAACUAGUAACCCUUACACUACCGCAUAUCGUAAAAUGCCUGGAUUUUGUGAGAGUUGUACUGAUAAAUUUUCCGAUGGUCGUAAUGCUGUAAAAUGUGGCGGUUUUUGCUCUUCGUCAUUUUGCGCAAAAUGCUGCGGACUAAACGACGAAUUAUUUGCCGCUGUUAUUAACAAGUCUAACUUAUUUUGGAUGUGUAACACCUGCAAAAAUAUCAUGGACAAAGCACGUUUUCGUAAUGCAUUAGUGUCCGUUGAGUCCGCAAACCAAAUGGUGAUCGAGGAGCUUAAAAAUUCCAUUCGCAACGACAUACUGGAGGAAUUAAAGGUAGAAAUUCGGACCAACUUCAAAACGUUGAUAGACGCUGUACCAAAAACGCCUAUUCCUGGACCGCGACAAUUUUCCUUUAAUUCUGCUAAAAGAAAGAGAGACAACGAUGAUACAGGCUCCAAUCCUUCUAAGCUGCUACGUGGUACUGAUGCCGCCGACUCAUUGACACCAUCUAUCGCUGUGAAUCGUGAAGAUAAAAAGUUUUGGUUGUACCUGUCAGGAAUUUCGCCCGAUGUCCCUGAUGAAAGCGUCACCAAGCUAGCUGCGGAUAAACUCGGAAAUUCGAACAUCACUGUCGUCAAGUUGGUCCCUCGUGGCAGAGAUCCUAGAACGCUGAAUUUUGUCUCCUACAAAGUUGGCAUGCCCACGGAUCUCAAAGAAAAGGCUAUGACGGCAUCUACAUGGCCAGUUGGCAUUGCUUAUCGUGAGUUUGAAGAGAAGUCGGAUUCCAGAAAGGUUUUUUGGAAACCGAAUGCGCCCGACUCAGCAACAAUGACUACUUCCACUGCUCUUCGCCCUCCUCCCAACUAGUUACAUCGCCUGUUUCACAUCCUGUAUUGCCUUUUCCCGAAGUUACCGCACAUUCCGAGCAGUUUAUUUCCGUUUACUACCAGAACGUG